GCGGCAGGCGGGCGGGCAGCGGCGAAGGCUGCUGCUGGGACCGGGGGAGCCAGCAUGACCAGGCUCUGAAAAUACUUCCUCUGAAAUUUCAGGCUGGACAGACUCGCAGUGGCUUCUAAGCCAGUGAGAACAAGGCUGCCAAAGCAUGCUGGUGCCAACCUGUCGGAUGAUGCACGUUGUCAGGCCAAUGGUGGUGCUCCUGUGCUUGCUACUCUAUGCUGAUGCUGAAACACCACCAAAGUUUACAAGAACUCCCGUUGACCAGACAGGGGUUUCAGGAGGAGUUGCCUCAUUCAUCUGUCAAGCCACAGGAGAUCCAAGACCUAAAAUUGUCUGGAACAAAAAAGGAAAAAAAGUCAGCAAUCAGAGAUUUGAGGUAAUAGAGUUUGAUGAUGGAUCUGGAUCAGUUCUCAGAAUACAACCACUGCGCACACCACGAGAUGAAGCUAUUUAUGAGUGUGUGGCUUCCAACAGUGUUGGCGAAAUAAGUGUGUCCACCAGGCUCACUGUUUUACGUGAGGAUCAAAUUCCUCGAGGUUUUCCAACCAUUGAUAUGGGCCCACAACUGAAGGUGGUUGAACGAACUCGUACAGCUACCAUGUUAUGUGCAGCCAGUGGCAAUCCUGAUCCUGAAAUAACUUGGUUCAAAGAUUUCCUGCCUGUUGACACAAGCAACAACAAUGGGCGCAUCAAGCAGCUACGCUCAGAAUCUAUUGGUGGUACACCAAUAAGAGGUGCCCUCCAAAUUGAACUGAGUGAAGAAUCUGACCAAGGCAAAUAUGAGUGUGUUGCAACCAACAGUGCGGGUACACGCUAUUCUGCCCCUGCCAAUCUAUAUGUCAGAGAGCUGCGAGAAGUUCGACGGGUCCCACCGAGGUUCUCUAUCCCCCCCACAAAUCAUGAGAUCAUGCCUGGCGGGAGUGUAAAUAUCACCUGUGUUGCGGUGGGAUCACCAAUGCCAUAUGUGAAAUGGAUGCUAGGAGCAGAAGAUUUGACACCUGAGGAUGAUAUGCCAAUAGGGAGAAACGUCCUUGAGCUUAACGAUGUCAGACAGUCUGCAAACUAUACUUGUGUUGCCAUGUCUACCCUUGGUGUUAUAGAAGCAAUAGCGCAGAUAACUGUCAAAGCCUUACCCAAACCUCCUGGAACACCUGUGGUGACAGAAAGCACAGCAACUAGCAUAACAUUGACUUGGGAUUCUGGAAACCCUGAGCCGGUUUCUUACUACAUAAUCCAGCACAAACCCAAAAACUCCGAGGAGCCAUAUAAAGAAAUUGAUGGAGUGGCCACAACACGUUACAGCGUGGCUGGCCUAAGCCCAUACUCAGAGUAUGAGUUUCGGGUAGUUGCUGUAAAUAACAUUGGGCGAGGGCCACCCAGCGAGCCUGUGUCAACAAGAACUUCAGAGCAAGCACCUUCCAGUGCCCCACGCAACGUGCAGGCCCGUAUGCUGAGCUCCACCACCAUCCUGGUACAGUGGGAAGAGCCCGAGGAGCCCAACGGGCAAAUACAAGGGUACAGAGUUUAUUACACCAUGGACCCCACUCAGCACGUCAACAGCUGGAUGAAGCACAAUGUGGCCGACAGCCACAUUACCACUAUCGGGAAUCUCGUGCCCCAGAAAACAUACUCUGUGAAGGUUCUUGCUUUUACUUCUGUUGGGGAUGGACCACUUUCUAGUGACAUUCAAGUCAUCACUCAAACAGGAGUGCCUGGUCAGCCACUGAACUUCAAAGCAGAACCUGAGUCCGAAACGAGCAUACUGCUUUCCUGGACACCUCCACGGUCUGAUACCAUUUCCAGCUACGAACUGGUUUACAAAGAUGGAGAGCAUGGGGAGGAACAACGGGUUUCCACUGAACCUACUACGUCGUAUCGUCUGCAAGGCUUGAGGCCAAACAGCCUGUACUUGUUCCGCCUAGCUGCACGGUCUCCUCAGGGCCUGGGGGCUUCCACAGCAGAAAUCUCAGCCAGAACCAUGCAGUCAAAGCCAUCAGCUCCUCCUCAAGACAUUAGUUGCACAAGCCCCAGCUCCACUAGCAUUUUGGUAAGUUGGAAACCUCCACCGGUGGAAAAACAGAAUGGCAUUAUCACUGCAUACUCCAUCAAGUACAUUGGGAUUGAUGGAGAAGAUGUCAAGCCCCAUGAAAUUUUGGGAAUUUCCUCGGACAGUACCCAGUACCUUUUGGAGCAGCUGGAAAAAUGGACUGAGUACCGGAUCUCUGUGACUGCUCACACUGAUGUUGGACCUGGCCCAGAGAGCCUAGCAGUAUUGAUUCGGACAGAUGAAGAUGUUCCUAGCGGUCCUCCUCGCAAAGUCGAGGUGGAGGCUGUCAACUCCUCUGCUGUUAAAGUGUCCUGGCGCUCGCCUGUGCCCAACAAGCAGCACGGACAGAUACGAGGGUACCAGGUCCACUACGUGAGGAUGGAGAACGGGGAGCCAAAGGGCCAGCCCAUGCUGAAGGACAUCAUGCUGGCAGAUGCUCAGUGGGAAUAUGAUGAUACUACUGAACAUGAAAUGAUAAUUUCUGGGCUUCAGCCUGAAACCACAUACUCUUUCACUGUGACAGCCUAUACAACUAAAGGUGAUGGAGCACGCAGCAAACCCAAACUUGUAUCUACUACUGGUGCAGUUCCAGGCAAACCUCGGCUUGUGAUUAGCCACACACAGAUGAACACGGCUCUAAUUCAGUGGCAUCCUCCUGUGGAAACUUUUGGCCCGCUGCAGGGUUAUCGCCUGAAGUUUGGCCGCAAAGACAUGGAUACAUUGACGACCAUGGAGUUCUCAGAGAAGGAAGAUCACUUCACGGCCACAGACAUUCACAAAGGAGCUUCUUACGUCUUCAGGCUCUCAGCUAGAAAUAAAGUGGGCUUUGGGGAGGAGAUGGUUAAAGAGAUUUCUGUUCCUGAAGAGGUACCCAGUGGAUUUCCCCAAAAUCUCCACUCGGAAAGCUCUACUUCUACAUCAGUUCAAUUAACUUGGCAGAUGCCACUCUUGGCAGAAAGAAAUGGCAUUAUCACCAAAUAUACCAUCUUGUACAGAGAUAUCAAUGUUGCUUACCAGCCAGUUGAGCUCCCUGUUGUUCCUGCUGAUACCACUAUGACACUUUCUGGCUUAAAACCAGAUACCACUUACGAUGUAAAAGUACGUGCCCACACAAGCAAAGGGCCUGGUCCAUAUAGUCCAAGUGUCCAGUUCAGGACACUACCCGUGGAUCAAGCAGUGUUUGCAAAAAAUUUUCAUGUUAAAGCGGUAAUGAAGACUUCUGUUUUGCUGUCCUGGGAAAUUCCAGAAAACUACAAUUCAGCUUUGCCUUUCAAAAUCCUUUAUGAUGAUGGGAAAAUGGAGGUUGAUGGACGUGCUACUCAAAAACUGAUCACAAACUUGAAGCCAGAGACGUCAUAUUCCUUUGUCCUGACAAACAGAGGGAAUAGUGCCGGGGGUCUUCAGCAUAGAGUAACUGCAAAGACUGCGCCAGACGUGCUUCGCACAAAGCCAGUCUUCAUCGGAAAGACCAACUUAGAUGGCAUGAUAACUGUGGAACUUCCAGAAGUACCCUCAAACGAGAAUAUAAAAGGCUAUUACAUAGUUAUUGUGCCUUUGAAGAGGUCUCGUGGAAAGUUUAUCAAACCCUGGGAGAGUCCAGAUGAAAUGGAACUAGAUGAGCUGCUUAAGGAGAUAGCUAGGAAACGCAGAAGCAUUCGUCUUGGGAGAGAAGUUGAACUAAAGCCAUAUAUUGCAGCUCACUUUGAAGUUCUUCCUACGGAAUUCACAUUGGGGGAUAAGAAGCAUUAUGGUGGAUUUGAGAAUAAGCAACUGCAGAGUGGUCAAGAAUACGUCUUCUUUGUGUUGGCAGUAAUGGAACACUCAGAAUCUACCAUGUAUGCAACAAGCCCAUAUUCAGAUCCUGUUGUGUCAAUGGAUCUUGAUCCCCAACCAAUUACAGAUGAGGAAGAAGGCUUGAUUUGGGUCGUUGGACCAGUUCUUGCAGUGGUGUUUAUCAUCUGUAUUGUUAUUGCUAUACUUCUUUAUAAAAGUAAACCUGACAGGAAGAGGGCUGAAUCUGAUUCUAGAAAGAGCAGCAUACCCAACAGCAAGGAGGUCCCAUCUCACCAUCCCACAGAUCCAGUGGAGCUGCGACGCCUUAACUUUCAAACUCCGGGUAUGGCCAGUCAUCCACCAAUACCUAUCUUGGAACUUGCAGAUCACAUUGAAAGAUUGAAAGCAAAUGACAAUUUGAAGUUCUCACAGGAGUAUGAGUCUAUUGAUCCUGGUCAGCAGUUCACAUGGGAACACUCUAACCUGGAAGUAAACAAACCAAAGAAUAGAUAUGCGAAUGUAAUUGCAUACGACCAUUCUCGUGUUCUACUCUCAGCAAUAGAAGGCAUACCGGGCAGCGACUAUAUCAAUGCCAACUACAUAGAUGGAUACAGGAAGCAGAAUGCUUACAUAGCAACGCAGGGGGCACUGCCAGAAACCUUUGGUGACUUCUGGAGAAUGAUGUGGGAGCAACGAGGCGCCACUGUUGUCAUGAUGACGAAACUAGAGGAGAGGUCCAGGGUGAAGUGUGAUCAAUACUGGCCAAGCAGAGGCACAGAAACUUAUGGACUAAUCCAAGUGACCCUUUCAGACACUGUUGAAUUGGCAACAUACUGUGUUCGUACAUUUGCACUUUACAAGAAUGGCUCAAGUGAGAAAAGGGAAGUGAGGCAGUUCCAGUUCACUGCCUGGCCUGACCAUGGUGUGCCAGAACACCCAACACCGUUCUUAGCUUUCCUGCGACGAGUCAAGACUUGCAACCCACCUGAUGCUGGACCUAUGGUUGUGCACUGCAGUGCUGGAGUCGGCAGGACUGGCUGUUUCAUUGUGAUAGAUGCCAUGUUAGAGAGAAUAAAGCAUGAAAAGACUGUAGAUAUUUAUGGCCACGUAACUCUAAUGAGAGCACAGAGGAAUUACAUGGUUCAAACUGAGGACCAAUACAUCUUUAUCCAUGAUGCACUGCUGGAAGCAGUGACAUGUGGAAAUACCGAAGUGCCAGCCAGAAACCUGUAUGCAUAUAUCCAGAAGCUGACACAGAUAGAAACAGGCGAGAAUGUCACAGGAAUGGAACUGGAAUUUAAGCGUCUUGCAAGCUCUAAGGCUCACACUUCAAGAUUCAUCAGUGCCAAUCUUCCAUGUAAUAAAUUCAAAAAUCGCCUUGUCAAUAUUAUGCCAUAUGAAUCCACAAGGGUAUGCUUGCAGCCUAUCCGAGGAGUAGAAGGCUCAGAUUAUAUUAAUGCCAGUUUCAUUGAUGGAUACAGACAACAACAAGCUUACAUAGCUACACAGGGUCCUUUAGCAGAAACAACUGAAGAUUUUUGGAGAAUGCUCUGGGAGCAUAAUUCUACAAUUGUGGUCAUGCUCACUAAGCUACGAGAAAUGGGCAGAGAAAAAUGCCACCAGUACUGGCCUGCAGAGCGCUCAGCCAGAUACCAGUAUUUUGUGGUAGAUCCAAUGGCAGAGUACAACAUGCCACAGUAUAUUCUGAGGGAAUUCAAGGUUACAGAUGCAAGGGAUGGUCAGUCCCGUACAGUGAGGCAGUUCCAGUUCACUGACUGGCCAGAACAAGGAGUGCCAAAGUCUGGAGAAGGAUUUAUUGACUUCAUAGGCCAAGUGCAUAAAACAAAAGAGCAAUUUGGUCAGGAUGGACCCAUUUCUGUUCAUUGCAGUGCGGGUGUUGGAAGGACUGGAGUAUUCAUAACCCUGAGCAUUGUGUUAGAAAGAAUGAGAUAUGAAGGUGUUGUAGACAUCUUCCAGACUGUCAAAAUGUUAAGGACACAGCGGCCAGCCAUGGUACAGACAGAGGAUCAAUACCAGUUCUGCUAUCGAGCCGCACUGGAGUAUCUGGGCAGCUUUGAUCACUAUGCAACAUAAAAACCCAUUGUGGAUUUUUAUUGCAGGCCCUUUAAGAUCCAGAGAGCCGCUUCUGAGCCAUACGAUGUGCUUUAGAAGUACUUCUUAACUCUUAGCUACGGAGCAAU